AUUUAUACAAUAAAUUAAAGUAUUCUAUGAAAAGGAUCAAUGAAAAUUGGAGGAAAUCUAAUUGCCAUUAAUCAAGACAGCAGGCAGUACAGAGCAAAAGAACAAAUUGAACACUCAUGGAUGAUUUGGAUUUAUCUGGAGAUACAACUGAUAAGGAGCAAGAGGAUUUGCCUUAUGAUGGGGACCUGAUUGAGAAUAUUGAGUUGCUCCAUCCCCACACUGAGAUUUUUCCUUCAAUAAAAGAUAUGUCUGAAGCUUUCCAACAGUCAGUCUUUUCAAAUGCAGAAAUGCCUCAAAUAGACAUUCUAAGAUGUGCAAAUGACACUUUCCUUGAAACUUCUGUAACUAAAAAGCACAGUGAAGAACACUACACUAGAUAUUUUGACAUUCCAACUAAUAAUGAGGAGCCUUCAAACUCAAAAAUUUCUGAUAUUUUACUUCACCAUCUGUCCAAAAAAGGGUUCUCAAAUGCCAUCCAGCCUGUUGAUUGUAAAACUUGCCCUGAGGUAUCAAUUGAAACUUUUGAUGAAACCAUUUUUAAAAGCCUUAUUCUUCAUUGUAGUGCGAGUUCUUUAUCAAGAGAAAUAAACACAGAUCUCUCUGACCAGCUUCUCCAUAAAAGAAAUGCUUUUUGUAAUCAGUCCAGUCAGAGACAACUCACUGAGAAGGAAAAAAUAUUUCAUUUUGAUUUUGAAGAGCCAGUUAUUCCUGAAGAUUGCUUUCUAGGAGAUCCGUAUUUAAUAACUGAAAACAGAAGCCCAAGUUAUCUACAAACAAUGUACAGUGGGCAGACAGCCCAGAAAUAUUUGUUUGAAAGAAUAAGCUCUGACAGUAGACUUAACUAUGGCCAAGAUCAAGUUCAUGAUCCUCUUCCUGAUUUCUCUCAAGUCACUCCCCAAAUCAGAAUAUCUAAACCUAAUAGCCAUCAUAGAUUGGCAACUGUUGUUCAACAGACCAAUUCCUCUCCUAACUUGAAUGAGAAAUCAGCUGUGGUGCAAGGUGAUUUAGAAAGCAUGGCUAUGAAUUUUCUUGUCAGAAAGCCUCAAGAGAAUAAAGAAGAAACUAUUGAGCUAACACAAUACUUACAGGCAAAUGGAGAACCUCUUCUGGAUAUUUCAGAAAGAACCUUUUCAGGAUUAGCAUCUGAGACAAAUGUCUUAAAAUUAUCAUCAACUACUAAAGAACAGCUGCCUUCAAGCCCCUCACAAUUACUUACAAAGGCAGAAAUGUGUCAGGAGCUAUCGGAACAGACUAAGAACUUGAAAACUAAAGUAGAAGAAUUUUCUAAAAGAAUAAGCCAAGAUUUUACUCCUUUAGAAGAUAAUAAACAGGUACUGGAGGAAUUGCAGUGUUACCUUGAUAUAUUGGAGGAGAAUUAUUUGUCCACUAAAGAGAAGCAUCAAGUUUUACAGAAGUACCAUAAUGAUUCUACAGCAGUUGAAGAGUUUGAUCCAGAAAGAAAAGUUGAAGGUGAAAUCUUUAAGGUUGAAAUGCUCCUUGAAAAUGUCAAAGAAAAAAUUGAUGAAAGCACAUCCAGUUCUUUUUUUGCUUGUUCCUCUGAUACUCUGGAUUUCUUGGAUUUUGCAUUAUGUCCACUCCCAAAUGAGGUCCCACUGCAAAAAAUUGGGCAUGAUCCUUCAGAAAAAUCCGAUCAUGAAAUAAAGCUUCUUGAUCUUGAGAAACAAGAUCAGGAAAACACUGUCAUCUCUUUUCUCAAGGAAAAGGAUAAGGAUAUUAAUCAGAAAGAAGUUGUUCCAGCAGAGAUUCAGGAGACUCUCUCCCAAGAUUACCUUUGUGAACUUUACCCACAGAUUUAUCUAGGAUUACCCAGGAGAGAUGUUGCUUUUGAUGAAGAUGCUUCAAAGUAUUCUUCUAAAGAAGAAGUUGUAACACUGUCUCCGCUGGAGACAAAUCAGCUGGCAGUGAAGCUCUCAGCAGAUUUCAUGAGGGCCUUCUCUUCUCUGGAGUCUGACAAUGAUCCUGGAAGCUUGGAGUCCAUUAAGCAAUCUGUAUUGAGGCAAGAUUGGCACUCUGAUCAUGAACUCCCUGAAAGUUCCAAGCACACGGAGUGUCCAUUACUGAAGAAGGACCAGGAUAAGGACAAAGAUCUCAAGAACCAAAAAAAGGAGAAAAAAAAUGACUCCAGAAAGUCCAAAUGCGGAAAUUUUUCAGUCAUCAUUCAAGAAAAAGCAAUGAAUCUUAAUGUGUCUGACUCCACUUAUUGUACAGAUGCAGGAAAUGGUGUAUUUUCAGACUCCCGAGAUACCGCAAAGGCUGAUGAAUGUUUAAGUUGUAGGAACAGACGCCACAAAUCACGGAAAAAAGAAUUCCAUUAUAAAUACAACUGCACGGGUCAGAAUCCUUUAAACUUCAAUGAAUGUGAUGGCUUUAUCCGCUUCUGUUCUUUAAGCAGAAAUGAAAGUUUUACUUCAGCUUUAGCUACACACCAAAAAUGGGAUGAAAAUCUUGCUGAACAUCCGAAAAAUCAACAUUCAAAGAGAUCUGAGAAAAACAAGCCUGUCUGUUCCCAACAGAAGAAAUACCAACCCCUGAGAAUUACUACUAAAUACUCUCAAAGUCAAGAUGAAAUGAUCCUUGCUGAGAAAAGAAAUCUUAUGUCUUCCAAAUCUUGCCCAGGCAUCUGUGAUCAAAUUGCAAACUCUCCCCAUUACCACUCAUGUAGGAUUUCUGGAAGCAAAACUCUGCACAGCAUCCAAAACAUCAAGAGAAAUGAUUCUGAGAUUUUAAAUUCUGCUUUGGAUUAUGCCCUAAGGACUGCCAUCACUUUAAAAGAAACGACGGAGCAAAUGAUCCAAGCCAUUGCCAAGGACCUAGCCAAAGCUGAGGGUCGCAGAAACCGCCAGAAGUUCUAACUAUAAGACAGCCAAUAUAUUAAAAGGAAAAAAAAAAGAUGUAAAGUAAACCUUGUCUUCCUAAAA